AUGCCACCUACUGUCGAAGACGAGCAGGCCAACGCAACGCCGCCAGACGGUGGCUAUGCCUGGGUGUGUGUCGCCUCAUUAUUCUUGAUUAAUUUUUCUACAUGGGGCGCGGUCGCUUCCUUUGGCGUAUACCUCUCGUACUACUUGCACACAGAACGGUACCCUGACGCAUCGGAGUUCGAGUAUGCACUCGUUGGUGGCUUCAACUUCGCCUUCGCGAUGAUUGCGGCCCCCAUCGUCACGAGACUUACCCACCACUUUGGAAAGUUCUUGGUGAUGGCGAUUGGUGUUGCGCUACAGACCACCGGCUACGUUGCGGCCGGCUUCGUGAGUCGUAUCUGGCAGCUCAUACUCACCCAGGGAAUCCUCGUCGGCCUUGGUAUCGGCUUCAUCUACGUUCCUAGCCUGCCUAUCCUCUCUCAAUGGUUUGAAGCUCGUCGGAGCCUAGCGAACGGGAUUGCCAGUGCCGGCUCUGGAUUCGGGGGAGCGUUGUUCGCCUGGACGACGGGUGCAAUCGUUGAUGCUUUCGGACUACAAUGGGCUCUAUGCGUCACAGGCCUUAUCACCUUCAUCCUUACUGCAAUUGCGAUAAGCCUGCUCCGCGAUCGCAAUAGGUACAUACAGCCUCCACAGCUAGCUUUCGAUACGUCGUUACUCGUGAGAUAUGAGGUUCAACUUCUACUUGCGUGGUCCUUCGUAAGCAUGCUAGGCUACAUUACGCUCCUAUUUUCGCUGUCUGACUUUGCGCUUGCGAUGGGGAUCUCACCACAGCGGGCAACCAAUAUCGUCGGCUUCCUCAACGUUGGUACUGCUGUCGGGCGUCCACUUAUCGGUAUUGCGAGCGACAAGUCUGACCGCAUCGACGUGGCAAGCGCUUUAACCCUCAUUUGCGGCAUAUUAUGCUUCGCGAUCUGGAUACCCGCUCAGUCUUACGGGCUCUUAGUACUAUUUUCGCUUCUAGCGGGUGCCACUCUGGGGGUAUUCUGGAUGUCCAAUCACAACACCCUCUGCGUCGAAGUCGCAGGUCUGAAACACCUGCAGUCCUUACUCUGUCUAUCAUGGAUGACUAUCAUCCUGCCAACUACGUGUGAUGCUGCUUUGAUUAUGUUGGAGCUGCGACGCAUCAAGCGCAGAAACUCAGAAGUACGAAGAUGA